ACGCCUGUGGACGGCAGCGGAACGGGGGGAAAACGAGCCGCUCGUCAGCCGCUUCGUGGGACGCAGGACGGUGCAGGACGGUGCAGCCGAGCCGAGGAAGGAGCUGGUUUUUGUGGCUACGAGGCAGCAGCAGCUCGGCGGAGGACCGGGGCUCGGAGCACGGAGACGAGGAGCCCGCAUCCAGCGCCGCCGCUGCCCGCCUCCACUCGGGCAGGACCCGGCGCAGCCCCCCGCUGACUUCCCCCCCGUGCUUCCCCCCCGCCCGACGCCCUAACACCCCGACUGGCGUCCCGCCGCGUGUGAGGGGGAACCCCGACGAGUUUCCCUGUGACCUGUACGCUGGGAUGAAAGCCGGGAUCAAAAGUACAGACGCACCGAAGUGAAGACACCCGACCACCAAGCCAGACAAAAUCGGCCAGUCCCCGGUCACGCCCACGUCGGACGGAGACAAGGUGGACCUGGAGGCCUUCAGCGAGUUCACCAAGAUCAUCACCCCCGCCAUCACCCGCGUCGUCGACUUUGCCAAAAAACUGCCCAUGUUCUCUGAGGUGAGCGGAGGUCAAUGCUCGUUAGGAACCACAGACAGCGGCCGAAACAGCCACAGUGUGUUCCAGGAGCUGCCUUGUGAGGACCAGAUCAUCCUGUUGAAGGGCUGCUGCAUGGAGAUCAUGUCGCUGCGCGCCGCCAUGCGCUACGACCCGGAGAGCGAGACGCUGACGCUGAGCGGCGAGAUGGCCGUGAAGCGCGAGCAGCUGAAGAACGGCGGCCUGGGCGUGGUGUCGGACGCCAUCUUCGACCUGGGGAAGAGCCUGGCCCAGUUCAACCUGGACGACACGGAGGUGGCGCUGCUGCAGGCCGUGCUGCUCAUGAGCUCAGACCGCUCCGGCCUGACCUGCGUGGACAAGAUCGAGAAGUGCCAGGAGACCUACCUGCUGGCGUUCGAGCACUACAUCAACUACCGCAAGCACAACAUUCCCCACUUCUGGCCCAAGCUCCUGAUGAAGGUGACGGACCUGCGGAUGAUCGGGGCGUGCCACGCCAGCCGCUUCCUUCACAUGAAGGUGGAGUGUCCCAACGAGCUCUUCCCUCCGCUCUUCCUGGAGGUCUUCGAGGACCAGGAGGUGUGAACACACAGUUGCCACCGUGCAAAGGGAAGAGGAAGUCGGGGAGAAAAAUGGGAGAUGGGAACGGUCGUCUGUCGUUUUUUUCACGGGGAAGGAUGGAGGGAGGGAGCGCCCUCUCGGCAGGAAGCUGCAUUUCUCCCACGUCACAUAUGUGAUUUAAAACAAACUGGAAACAAUGGAAACAGAAAACAACACACCAGCAUCAGGAGAGUCAAAGCAAACAAAGGAUUUUGUUUUUUGAACGCCCUCUCCUCCACCUCGAUCCCCUCCCUCUACUUCCCCCUGUUUGGAAAUCCGUGUGGGGGCCCUUCUGUCUGAGCACGAUGUCUUAUCUAGCAAGAGUUGUAGCCAUUUGCCAAGACACACACACACACAGAUAUACUAAAUACAUGUGCACGAACUUAUACACACACACACACACACAGACACACACGCCGCAGCCUGUUCCACCUCGGUUCCUCAGAGCAGGGCUCUUUGCAGGGGUCCGCUCCCCCUCUCUGGUUUUUGUAGCGGUCACAGAUCUACUCGUCUCGGAGCCUCAGUCUCCAGCUUCACCGCUGGCCAGCACCUCUCAGUAUUAUUUAUGAACAAGUGUUAAAGCUGUAAUUAAGAAAACAUGAUCAACAGUGACAUCUUAUCACUCGCAGGCACACACACACACACACACACAGACACACACACACACACACAAUCAGCAAACACUGCACAUUGAAAUAUCAGUAGAUGUUUGAUGACUCUGGUGAAUAUCGGCUGUAGUGAAGCUACCAGAUCUUCUUUUUUGUCAAUUCCUCAAAUCAAUCUGAGCCGUCACAGACGCUUCUGGAGCGACUUCUUCUUAGAUCCCACUCGGUGCUAUAUUUAUACAAGGCUACUCCAGUUUUAUGAAAAUGCGUUGUCUACCUUUGAGAACCAUGGCUCCAUAUCUACCUUCAUUUUGUCAUUGGACCGGCUCCUGUGACAUACAGUACACACACACACACACCUACACACACACACACACACACACACACACACGAGCAGACUUGCCUAGUCACUGCCCGCGCUGCUUGUGCCAGCAGCCCAGCAUCUUAUGAAUCACAAUUAAGCCCUUCUCUCUCCAAGGAGUUACUGCAUUGAGGGAAAGAGAGAAAGGAGCAGAGGAAGAGGAGGAGGAAGAGAGGGACACUUGGCAGCUGAGAGGAGGGAGGAGCAGGGAUUUAAUAGCUGGACUGUAGAUUCAGGGCCAGAGGUCAGAAGUAAAUCUCCCAAACGAAGCCUCCAAGGAGGAUUUGAAAAGCAGCAGCAGCCACCAGCAGGACGGCAAAGCUCAUCUUAUACACACACACACACACACACAAACACAAUUUCUCUCUCUCUUUCUCUCUCUCCUCCUCUCUCUCUCUCUCUAUCUCUCACACUCACACAAACACAUGUACAUAAAACAGACAACAUCACCUCAGAGUAACGUGAAUGCCUCAUUUUACUGUAUGCACUGCGCGGCAGUGUGGAUACUCAGCCCUGACCUGCAGGGUUUGUACCGAGUCCUCUCCUCACGGACUCAGCUCAGUGUGGCCCCUCCAGGCUUCCAUACACAUUUGCCUUUUUUUACCAUGGGGCGACACUGAGAGCAGGCAAAUGCCAAGAAGGCUACCAUUUACCUCAAUGUGGACACACACCCAGGCUGGUGCAGCAAUACUGCCCCUGUGGUUUCAGGCACUACCUCACCUCUGUGGACACAGGGCCGCCGCCCACAGCCCACACACAGACACACAACCCAUCCAAGUUGGCGCAGUUGUAGUUUAACACGCAGAUGUGCAGGAUCUUUGUGUAGGCGCACACUUGUAGUCAUGGAGAGACAAAACACUCACAGCAUAUACACACACACCCUCAGUGCUCUCACUUGGUUGAAAUGAAAUGCCACUGAAGACAGGAGGGCCAGCCAUCCCCCUGGGAGGGGUCACCGGCUCCAGGGAUUGGUUCCCAUCUCACCGCGUUUUUUGUUAUAGGGGACCAAGUGUCAUCUUUUUGAGAUUUGGAUUUUACUCAUUUCUGUGGAAGCGGAAUCGAACUCACAGGAGCGACGGAGGACAGCGUGGAUGUUCAGCCCAGCUGACGCCCCGUCCCAGUGGGAAGAGGAGAGAUCCCAGAGUGACUGGAAACCAGUGGCGGCCGCGUCCGUUGAAUUAGCGUGCAGAGAAAGGGCAGCUUCUGUCUGCAACAUGGCGAUCUUCCAAAUUACACAUAUGAUUGCUGCCAUCGGAUCAGGAGGGAUAUGUCCAUGGACCGUAAGAAGACGAGAUGUCCUCGACUGAGACGGAGCCUCUUCAGAAGACGCUCCCCUGCUCUUUGAGUCCACCGCACUUCACCGAUGCUCAGAAAAUAUCUCGUGACUUCUUCCCAUGGCAGGUUUCAUAGUGUUUUAAGCCAAAUGACCAUUGGAGAAUGUCUAUUUGAUUUUUAAAAAGCCCACUCUGUUCAUUCCAAUUCUGAGGCCAAGCCAAAUCUAACUGGGAUUACCACUCUCGCAAGAAGAGAACGAGCACCGGGAGAGAGAGAGAGACUAAUGAAAAUCAAUUUUAUACUCAAGCAGUAGUUCAUACUGGGCACGUGUACAGGACGGGUGGACGUGCACCCCCCCCAGAAGAACCUGAGCAGAGGAACGUGUAGCAGGAUGGCCGAGGCCCAGCUGCUUCCCCUGUCUGGAGCAGAGCUGGUGGGGCGAAAGCAGAACCCCCCCCCCUCAAGCACUUCAUCCAGCCCCUGCCCCGUCCCACCCCACCUCACUCUUAGCCCACCAUCGUGCUCUCUCUGGAGCCUAGCUCUGACUGACCGUUAUAACGGCCCCCACCUAGCCAGGCUGGUGGGAGUUUUUUGCACUACUGCAGCGGUCCGCCCCCCUUUAGGCCCCCCCCCCCCCCCCCUUACUCGUCAAAGUUGAACCGGUGUCCCUCGUUGGGUUUACACAUUCGUGACCCCAGAUGGGUUUAUCUGACCUGCUCUGUGUAACAGAGGCUGGCAGUUGCAGUGGGCUCAGUCCCAAACCUGUCUUGUUGUCAGUAUUAGACCCUCACCCCCUCACCCAGCCAGGGAUGGAGAGAGAUCCCUGUGUAGUAGAGAAGGAAGGGCAGUGUAGCACUUAGCCCCCCCCCCCCCCCCGUCCUGCAGCAAAGAGUCAGCCCGGUGACUUCUCACAAUUCGGCGCCCUCCUUCAAACAGCCUCCUCUCCCUUCUCCUCUUCCCUAAGCACCACCCUAGCCAUCGUCCCCAGUUCGGGCCCAGAACCAUUGACACCAAAUUGGGAUCGUGGCCUCCCCCUUGUGAGACAAGGCCUGGCCAUACCUGCCCUGUAGAGCGGCGCCACCGAAUGAAUGUGAACGGCAAAGCAGCGGCGAACAGGAGCGAGAGACUUGGAAGAGAAUGUGAGAAGAAGAAAGAUAAAAUAAAAACGUGGGACAGGAAACAAAAAGCUGGGGGCGUCGACCCCCCACUGCCAUCAGUGACACGGGCGAGAGAGGGCGAUGUGGCCGGCUGCAGGGACGAUGCUAUCGAACACUCGGAGUGAAGGGGGGGGGGAGGCAGCGAUGCAGGAAUACGUACGGCCGCCCCCCCCCCUCAGGGCAGCCCCCACAUUAGCCCUCGCUCCUGUGCCAGCUGACCACGCCAAACGCCCCCCCCCCCCCCCCCCUCAGCUCCCUCAUGAAAAGGAUAACCUCCGAGGACCAGGAAGAGGUCCGACCCGGGGGUUUGCAGGUUUGGAGUUUCCAACACAUCUUUGUAAAAGAACUGAGGAAAAGAAACUCUGAGCUCCUCUCUUCUCACGAGCUGACUGGGUGUGUGUGUGUGUGUGUGUGACCGUCGGGGGGGGUCACAAUGCUGCUUUACAUUCUGAGUCUGAUCGAGAUAAAGACAAAAAAUAUAUGAAAUGAUUAUAAAUCCAUAAAAACAAAAACGAAAAGAGAUGACUUUAAAAAAAAAAAGACUCCUGAAUAAAAUUAUUGGAGCUUUUUUUUUCUUUGAAUUUUUUUUUUUUAUCAUUUUCUUAUUUUUCUGUUGGUUUUGUUGACGCUUAAACUGCUCUGUGUACAAGAGGAAAGAAAAAAAACAGCUGUAGUCACUUUUUGACCAUGCGUGCAGUGUAACAUAGAGAAUAUGUCACUUCUUUUUCACAUCUAUAGGUUGUGUUGAUAAGCCAACUGAUCUGUGUGUGUCUGUUUGUGCGUCUGUCCAGUUGUCCGUCCCCUCUUAUCAGGAGGAAUUUACAACC